CGGCGAGGUGGCAGGGGUGCAAAUUUUCCUUCUCCCUUUUUGGGUCUGCCUCUACCACGUUUCAGCAAUGGAGCUAGGGGGGGUUCUAUAAUUGUCUUCCUCUUCCUGCCCGCCCUGCUUACAUCAAUGUUGUCGUGGACAAGAUUCAUAUCCAGCUCUGGCAAUGGCGGUGGAGGGCACACACGCUUCUGCGGCACCGCCUGCUGCACCUCGACGUGCUGCUGCAUUGCUUGUCGCUCCGGGUGCUCUUGCUGCUGUGCCCCCCCCUUCCCGAGCAAAAUCUGGGCCGUGUCGUGUACGUGCCGUUGCUAUGCGCCAAGCACUCGCUGCUGCUGGGGAUGCACUGUCUGCUGCUGGACAUGUUCUUCCCGCUCUUGCUGCUGGUGCUGGUGGUGCUGCUGGACUGGUUGUUGCUGGUGUUGCUGCUGCUGCUGCUGCUCGACAUGCUGCUGCCAUUGCUGCUGGGCAUGCUGCUGCUGCUGCCUAUGUACAGGCUGCUGCUUCUGCUGCUGGACAGGUUGUUGCUGCUGCUGCUGCUGGACAUGCUGCUGCUGCUGCUGCUGCAAAGGUUGUUGCUGCUGCUGCUGCUCGACAUUCUGCUGCUGCUGCUGCUGGACAGGUUGCUGCUAGCGCUGCUGGACAGGCUGCUGCUGCUGCUGCACAGGUUGCUGUUGUUGAUGCUGGACAGGUUGCUGCUCUUGCUGCACGGGUUGCUGCUGGUGCACGUGUUGCUGCUGCUGCUGCACAGGUUGGUGUUGUUGCUGUCGGACAGGUUGCUGCUCUUGCUGCACGACAGAUUGUUGUUGCUGCUGGGCUGGUUGUUGGUGGACCUCCACCCCUCUAUCCCGCGCGUCCACCUGCAUCGAAUGUUCACACUCGACAACUUGCUUGUGCUGCUGCUCCACCUGCACGGGUUGCUGCUGCUCCACCAGCGCGGGUUGCUGCUGCUCCACCUGCACGGGCUGCUGCUGCUGCUCAGUGAACUUCGGCUCCUGCUGCUGCUGC